AUGUCAAAGUCUCCCCUUCAGUUGGACCGAGAACGAGUCACAUGUCUUCUUUUGAUUAACACCCAGCUCAUAAAACGAGCUAUUUCCAUGUAUAACACGAUCUUGAUCAAUCAACAAGCAUUGGCUCAACUAACCGGUCAGGAUAGACAAAGAUUCAUUGAGAUGUAUCAGAAUGUAACCAAGAGAAUCCAUUGUAAUCUUCAAGUUUUAACAUAUCUACACGAGAAAUACCACUCCGAUCAACCACCCACUUCCAAGCACACUUUUCCGUUGAUCAUAGCUGCUCCACCGGAGAUGUCGGAAUUAAAUCAGUUGUAUAACAAGUUACAGGAUUUGUACCCUGAAGCGGUACAGAUGAUAAAGAUGAAGAUGCAGCAAAUGAAAGAGGGAAGAGGAUCUAACUUCCAGGGCAACGCUAACGCCGCCAUGAAUAAUAAUAUGGCCAUGAAUAAUAAUAUGAGUAGUGGGAUGGGGAUGAUGAGUCAGGGGAAUGCUUCAUCUUCUAGCAUUGCAUCGGGAGUCCAGCCUCAAAUGCAAAUGAUGAAUUCGCCUAUGAAUAACUCCCCUAUGACCAACUCUCCCAUGAACAACUCGCCAAUGAUGGGAAACAUGGCACCACGUAACUUUCAAAAUAAUUAUAAGAACAUGAAUUUGAUGCAACAGCAACAACAACAGCAACAGCAGCAGCAACCGGGGUCGGCCAUAUCACCACAACAAGUGUUUGGAGGGUCCCCCAACAAUAACAUGUUGGAUUUUCUUAACUAG